AUGGAAGCGGACAUUCUUCAUCAGAAGACCAGCGAAUCUUCCUUUUGUAUUUCACCCGAUUCACUCCGUCGAGAUGCUCCGAAUUUCUUUACUGCCGCGUUUUUCGGAUACUUUUCUGAAUCAGAGACGACAUCUAUUUUCAUCGAGCGUGAUCCUGAUAACUUUGCAAUGAUUGUACAAUACCUUCGACGUUAUGACGUCGAUUGGCCUUUGGACGAUCAAAUAGCAAUGAAUAAUCUGAUAGACGAUGUAAAAUACUAUGGUUUUGAACGAUUGCUAAGACUGUUGGAACAGGCGUAUGAAGAACGAUGGCCACAAAAAGUGAUUCCAUGGCAAAUCAGGACUUACGCUCCAGAGACCGAGCCAAUAGUGGCAAUCAAUUUAAAAAAUAUCGAGAUUGAUCGGUGGGAUCAAGAAAAUCUAAUAUAUAACGUUAGCCCAGUAAUUGAAGUCAAAGAGAGCGGAACGGAUAGCGGACAUGCGAGCGAGGAUGAGGAUGAAACUAAUGGGACAGACAGUAAAGGGAUAAAGUUUGAAUCUUUUACCUUCAAAGAUUUGUCUGAUGAAACGACUUUCCGCAAAUUGACAGCUCAAUUUCGUUCUUCGGACUCAUCACUUACCUUCUCACCUUCAUUAAAACUUCCAUUUCUCAAAGAUGCGUGUAUCGUCAUUGACGGUCGCGAAUACUGUGAUUACAACGAUUUGUCUGCAUAUUUUGGCGUGACAACCAGAGGGAAACCAUUGUAUUUUGAGGAAGCGGUGAUUAGGAUCGACAACGGGGCAUUUUUGAUUAGGGCAAGGGCUUGGACAUAUUCGAAUUAUUAUGUCAAACAACCAUUUAUUGACGCAUGCGUCGUCUGA